AUGAGCCUUCUGUGCGUGCAGAUGUGCCUCAUCGUGAUGAUGAAGAACUUCCUGGUGGUGCUUUUCCUGCUGAAGCGGUUCAUGGCGUUUCUCCUGCCGGCCUGCCUGAUGAGCUACCUGACGAUUCUGGGGCUCAUGGGCUACCUGAUUUUCCUGGUGGAGCCGCUCUUCCUGAGCUACCUGACGAUUAUGGUGGAGCCGCGCUUCCUGAUGAUGCUGAUCUUCGUCUUCCUGCUCGUAGGCGUGACCAAGAUCGAUGCGCUGAUCUUCAUGGCGUGGGCGGCCAUCGCCGACGCCUGGCUGCUGCGCCCUGCUCGCGAUGAUCCUGUCCUCCGCGCUGGGCCCGCGACUGAAGUUCAGAAACUUUCUGCUCCUGCCGCUGGUCGCGACAACAUCGGGUUCACGUUCGCCACGAACUCGUUCCGACCUGGUUCGUCUGUCUACGACUCGUCUGGCGGAGACUGGUACGACAGCAUGCCCAGAGGCUGGAGGCUGACGCCGCACCGCUCCAAGCGGGCUGUAUGA